AUGGAGCAGCCUCAAGACCCAGAGGUUCUGAACCACAUGUACCAGCUGUCAAAAAGGUUAGAAGAGCAGAGGUUCAGAGAUACAGAAUCAACCCGGAAACCUCCUCCUUCACUCAGCUACCAGAAACCUCAUCCUUCACUCAGCUACCGGAAACCUCCUCCUUCACUCACCUACCGGAAACCUCCUCCUUCACUCAGCUACCGGAAACCUCCUUCACUCAGCUACCGGAAACCUCCUCCUUCACUCAGCUACUGGAAACCUCCUCCUUCACUCAGCUACCGGAAAUCUCCUCCUCCACUCAGCUACCGGAAACCUCCUCCUCCACUCAGCUACCGGAAACCUCCUCCUUCACUCAGCUACCGGAAAUCUCCUCCUCCACUCAGCUACCGGAAACCUCCUCCUUCACUCAGCUACCGGAAACCUCCUUCUUCACUCAGCUACCGGAAACCUCCUCCUUCACUCAGCUACCGGAAACCUCCUUCUUCACUCAGCUACCGGAAACUUCCUCCUUCACUCAGCUACCGGAAACCUCCUCCUUCACUCAGCUACCGGAAACUUCCUUCUUAA